AUGAUAUUCCUUGGUGUUGUCAUCUUUGUGCCCUUCACACUAGGACGGUUUAUAUUAUAUCAUGUGUUGUGUGUUUUUGCUGAUGCUAGAGGCCCUGCUUCGGUCUCAAAUUUGACUCACGAGGGACAAGAAAAUGGACUAGUAUCUCAUCUUUUGAAAUGUUUUGUUGCUGGAGCUGGACCACCAAAGCUAUACGUUGCUACAACUUGCACUGAUGGGCACAUGUUUGGAGACUGUCUUGUGUUCAUUUACCUUGGACUCAUUCCCUUGAUUCAAUACCUCAAGGGUGAGCCACUGACCGCUGGAAGAUUCUACGGUGGUGUUGCUUCAAUAGUAGAAACAAUACCACCUCUCCUUAGGCAGUUCUAUGGUGGUGUCGUGUUUGUCUUAAUGCUUGGUGUCGUCCCCUUGAUGUGCGGGUGGUUGUUAGAUGUUUGCACGGUUAAGGUGUUUGGUAAAACAAUGUCCCAUAGAGUAGAGUUUUUAUCGGUUUCUCCACUGGCGAGCUCACUUGUUCACUGGGUUGUUGGACUAUUGUACUUAUUGAAAAUAAUCAUAUUUGAGGAGCUUCUUCAACAGGUUCUUCGCCCUGGAGUUUUGAAUUUCUUUUAUGAUCCCGAAUAUGAGGAUGACACAUUCCAGUUAUUUAUUGAAGAACCAGUGCACAAGCUUGCUCGAAAUGUUUUGUUAGAUUCUGCAAAGCUUGGGAGUUUGAUUGUCUUGCUGGUGUUUUUGCCAGUCAAACUUGCGAUCAGGAUGGCACCUUCAAUCUUCCCUCUUAACAUAUCUGUAUCCGACCCAUUCACUGAGAUCCCUGCUGGCAUGCUCCUGUUCACCAUAUGCACACAGUUUAUCAUCGAGCACUUUAGACUCUGGACCGCUGUUGAGUCCCUUGUACGCUUCUGGUUCACCUGUGUUGGCUGGGCGCUUGGUUUGACAGACUUCCUCUUACCAAGACCGGAGGACAACGUUGGCCAGGACAAUGGAAAUGGCGAACCAGGAAGGCAGAACAGAGGACAAUCUGAUUCAGAGAGGUACAACUUUGUGCUCCGGAUAGUCCUUCUUCUACUUGCUGCAUGGAUUACUCUUCUUCUCUUCAAUACGACAUUGAUAGUUGUACCAGUUUCUGUAGGACGUGCUCUAUUUAAUGCCAUACCAACUCUCCCUAUAACGCAUGGCAUCAUCAAGUACAAUGACCUGUAUGCUUACGUCAUUGGCACAUAUGCCUUUUGGACUACCAUAUCUGGGGCCAUGUAUACUAUCGAGCAUGUCAAGUCAAAAAGAACUUCAAGAAAGGAAAUAUGGAAAUGGUGUGAGAUUGUUUUCAAGAGCUCGGUGCUGUUAGCCAUAUGGGUUUUUGUCAUUCCGGUACUAAUAGGACUUGUGUUUGAGCUUUUGGUGAUUGUCCCAAUGAGAGUCCCGGUAGAUGAAAGCCCUGUCUUCCUCCUGUAUCAAGACUGGCCUCUUGGGCUCAUCGUUUUGAAAAUCUGGUCAACAUUGCAUGUCACUAAAAAUGACAACAAUGGACAGAUAAUAUUGCUGGAUGAUAGUUGGAAAGCAAAGUUUGAGAGAGUAGAAGGAGAUAGAUUCUCAAGGCUUCAAGGGUUAUGGGUAUUUAGAGAAAUUUUAUUCCCAAUCGUGAUGAAACUUCUGACAGCAUUAUGUGUGCCUUAUGUUCUGGCAAGAGGAGUGUUCCCGAUGCUAGGAUAUCCACUGGUUGUGAACUCGGCCGUCUACAGAUAUGCUUGGAUAGGUUGUCUCUCGGUGAGUCUCGUCUGCUUCUGUGCAAAUAGAUGCCAUGUUUGGUUCAGAAACCUUCACAACUCCAUCCGGGACGACCGUUACCUCAUUGGUCGGAGGCUCCAUAACUUUGGGGAAGCUGUUUUGGCUCACCAAAACCAAAGCAGUGAGGAUGCAGGGGAUGGUGGUGUCUUGACAGGGCGUUAG